AUGGAUGACGCGCCACGGGCGCCGCCUUCGAAGAAGGCGCCAAUAGUUGACAAUUUCGUCUUACUAUUCCACAAUAACGAUGAAAAUACUGGAGAACAAGAAUAUCUAGACGCUGAAAGCGAUGCGGAUCUCUCCCCCGAGGAAUCGUUUAGAUGGAAUGUCCGUAACUACCUCCAACGUAUUGAAGAGCUGCGUGCAGAGAUCACAGACAAAUACCUCGCGAAACAAUCUACUCAAGCAAAGCUUGACGCACAACUGUUUGAGCUACAAUUACAAUCGAAAUAUAACGCGCUGAAUGUGCAGAAAUGUAAUGCCAUCAAAGUGAAUUAUCAGCGUAAGCUGCUGUUGUGCCAAAAAAUAUAUUCGCUCGCCGUACAGUUACAGACGAUAUAUAUCGAGUUGGCAGAAAUGGUAGAGAAUCGUAUGAUUCGUACUACCGAGCUACAUCGCUCUUCACGAUUAUGCGCAUCAACACUCUACGAAUACAAAAAACGAAUGGAAUCAUAG